UUUGUAAUAAUGUGCUGCUUGUGUGUGUGAGAUGAGCGUGAGAUUGCUCUGAAGACACAGAAAAGGAUGGGUGGGACAGAUGGAGAGAGGGGUGUGUCAUGUGAUGUGACAUGACCAAACUGCUCCGACAAGUAGGUCGCUGUGAGUCCGUCUGCUGCCGUUACUGAUAGUGUAACUAAACUCUCCUAGUCUGAGCAGAGACAGACAGAGGUAGUGAUGCAGGACACUGAAGACGGAGAACAUGCACUCAAGUUUGCUUUGUUGAAGUGUUCUUCUUCAGUUUUUGUAUCUUGGUGUUGAGUUUGAUGAUGGAGCCUCAACGGCAGAUAUACAAAAGACCGGACAUCCCGGAUCAUGUGCACUACAUCAUCGCCUUCCUCAUCCUCAUCAUCGGCACUUUGGGUGUCACGGGCAACGCUCUGGUCAUGUUCGCCUUCUACAGUAAUAAAAAGUUGCGGAACCUGCCAAAUUAUUUCAUAAUGAACCUGGCGGUCAGCGAUUUCCUCAUGGCCAUCACACAAUCUCCAAUGUUCUUCAUCAACUGCCUGUAUAAGGAAUGGAUGUUUGGGGAACUUGGAUGUAAAAUAUAUGCAUUCUGUGGCGCACUGUUUGGCAUCACCUCGAUGAUAAACCUGUUGGCCAUCUGUAUCGAUCGCUACCUGGUCAUCACCAAACCGCUGCAGACCAUCCAGCGGAACUCCAAACGCAGAACAUCUCUGGCCAUCCUGUGCAUCUGGCUCUACUCUCUGGCCUGGAGUCUGGCACCUCUGAUUGGCUGGAGUUCCUACAUCCCUGAAGGUCUGAUGACAUCAUGCACGUGGGAUUACGUCUCGCCGUCUCCCGCCAACAGGAGUUACACCAUGAUGCUGUGCUGUUUCGUCUUCUUCAUCCCCCUGGCCAUGAUUCUCUUCUGCUACCUGUUCAUGUUCCUCUCCGUACGACAGGCCAGCAGAGAUCUAGAAAGGCUGAGCACUCAGAAGUCCAGCUUUGUGAAGCACCAGUCCAUGAGGAGUGAAUGGAAACUGGCUAAAAUAGCGGCUGUGGUCAUAGUCGUGUACGUUUUGUCCUGGGCUCCGUACGCAUGCGUCACCCUCAUAGCCUGGGCAGGGCAUGCAAACAUCCUCACGCCCUACUCUAAAACUCUGCCGGCGGUCAUCGCCAAGUCAUCGGCCAUCUACAACCCUUUCAUAUAUGCCAUAAUUCACACCAAAUAUAGAGCCACAUUAGCUGAGAAGGUACCAGGUUUGUCCUGCCUGUCUCGCUCUCAGAAGGACUGUCUCUCCUCCUCCACCAACAGUGAUGCCUCCAGUGUCAGCAGACAGUCAUCCGUCUUCAAGAACAAACUGCACUCUGCCAACGACUCCCCUGCUAUGGUAAUGGGAGAAGUGGAGCUGGACCUGAUGGAGAACAGGUCGAACGUGUCUAAAGUGUCAUUUAGAGGCUUCUCUAGACGGCGGAUCCUCAAAUGCUCCUCACUGCUGAUAGAGAAGCCUCCGGUACAGAUGAGAGAGUCGCUCAGUCUAUGCGAGCAAGAUCUCGUGUCCGGUUCCCUCGCCAUGGCAAGCGCACCGAUGGUCAUUUACACUAAAAAGAGCAGGAGUGCUGAAUUGACCUCUGACCUUCCAUUUAACCCUAACAACGACUCCGUGACCCACAGCUCCUCAUACACUCCCACAAUCAUCAUUAGUCCAGCCUCAGAGAGCAACUUGAGAGAAGAUACAGUUGGAGAAGAAAAGUCUGGAUCUCAGGACUCAAGGAACUUAAUGUUCAACCUCACAAACAUAAACUGUCCAGCAGAGUUAAUGGAGAGUAUGGAGCGAUUUCUCACAUGAAAUGACCAGCACUGAUCUGAGACUGUUAAACUAGAUGUGCACAGCAUGAAGGAAACAGCAGUGCUUGCAAAUUAAUAACGUUAACGUUUUCAGUUCAGUGUAAAUGAGAGGUGAAAUUGGAGGUGCUUUUUUGUGUACAACAAUCAAACAUUAUUUGUUUUUAUUGAAAAUUUACAAUUUUUGUCAAGUUUGUUUUGAUUAAAAAUCAUAUAUUUGUACUUUCCACAUGAACUUUCCCAUUGUCCAUGCAUAGUGACAAACAGGUUUUUAAGAAAGUGGUGUGGGAGAAAAUAAAAUCUGUGUUUUUCUUUUUGUUUUGUCGUCUAAAAUAUUUAGUAUGUGUGAUUUUUAAGGUACACUGUGUAACUUUUGGCCAUCUAGUGGUUAAAAAACAAAACUGCUAGCAUUUUGCGGAAGAAUAUUGUUUCGGUUGUACUUUGGCUCGGAGUGACUGUGGAUGAAUAUGGUUCUUUCACAUAUCUAAAAAAAAAGGAAGAUUAUCCUACUGCUCAUAAAACAUUCACUAGGCUUAAGAGAUAUAACCAGUUCAGAUGGAAAGGAUCUCAAGCUGACACAUUAAUGGACACACUUCCUUGAAAAUAAAUUCCAGUACAGCGCUACAACAACCAUCAUGAAAUUACCUUUCACAAUAAAUACUGCUUUACAAUGAACUCGUUACAUAUGGUAAUUUAUCUGUUCAAUAAAAUACCUUACUCACCUGGUGAGUAAUAAAAAUGCCAUCUCCAUGUUGCUUUUACAACAUUUCAAAUCCCUCAGUUCUCGCCAUAUCUGAAACGCCAGGCAAAAUGUUGAUUGUUAUUUCGAGCUCUGUCACAUUCUCUUUUUGCCAGCAUACUCUCCUCUGUUCAGCUUCUUCUUUUUUUAAAUUGGUGAUUCCCUGAGGUUCGAGAUUUUGCACUUAAUAUCAACUUUUCUUGCUAGUUGUUGUGACAACUAGCCUAUGGCAAUCCCACACCAUACACGCGUCAAAGGCCCUGUCCCAAAUGGCACACUUCUAUGCACUUUCGGUCUUGAGGACUUACAAUUGCUGCCGCGUGCACGUGUCCGUUAAGUCCACGAGACCGUAGGGUGUCCCGUUUGUCAAUUUUAGGCUUCAAGAGUGCUCGUGAGCGCCCUCGAUGCACAGAUUGCAGACUUUUGCUGAGUCCGCACUAGUGCGAGCUCCGUGGCAGACUUCUUCCCGACAGUCAAAGCAGCAUUACGUCACGAAAGUGCGGACUCAGAGGAAGACCGUGAGUGUUUAGGGUGCCAUUUGGGACAGGGCCAAUGAAGGCGGUGCAACUUUUCUCUAUUUAUGGAUAUGACAAGACAUGGACAUGCGAGUGACAUAUGUACGUAAUUUCCCGCAAAAAAACAUCCCUAAAAUAUAAACACUUACAACAGGCUUACCAUAGUGAAUCAAGAUGAGACAAAAACACGUUUUGGAAGAGAGAUUGACUAUGUGCUUUAUAUUCAAUACAUUUUUAAAUAAAAGCUAUAAAAACUGAAUUUAAUAACCAAAAAGUAGACUGUAUUUGUUUAAUCAGCUUUUAUCU